AUGUUAAUACGACAAGGUGCUACACGAUUCAUCGAAGCUGAAUUUCAUCGAUUAGCCAAUAUUGAUAUUAGCUUCCCUGAUCAUACAACAAUACAUUCAGUAGUUUGUUGCCCAACAGAAUUCAUCCUGGCAGAAAAAACUGUCGCAACACUUCUCAGUAAAACAUUGGAACAAGCACCUAAAUAUUCCGAAUCACAAGCAUUAAAAAUAAUAUCAACAUUUUUGGAAGGACAUGCUAAGCAAUGGUUUAAUGAAAACAUUACAAUAUUCGAAUCCUGGAGUGUAUUUAAAGCUGAAUUUAUUCAUACGUAUUCAUCUCCAGCAGCAAACCAAUUAGCGUCCAACCACUUACGAACUCGUCAACAAAGAUAUGAUGAAGCUGUUAUUGAAUAUUACACAGAUGUUAUGAAAUUAUGCAAAUUAGUUGAUUCAAACAUGACUGAUGCAUCCAAACUUGAUCAUUUAUAUCGCGGAUUAAAAUCAUCUUUAAUGAAAGAAGUAUUACGUCAAGCUCCAUCAACACCAUCAGAAUUUUUCGAACAAGCACGAUGCGAAGAAAAUUUAGAACGUCUAGUUACUACGUCUGUUCAUCAAACAAAUGAUAAUGAUACACAAGCAAUAAAUUACCCCAACAAUUCAUUAUACAGACCUACACAAUCUACUGAAUCUAUGCACUAUCAAAAUUCACCAAAUAUAUAUUCUGGAGGUUAUUCCACAAACGUAUAUUCACCUCGAUCACCAUAUAAUCGAUUUCAUCAUCAAUCAUCGCCACGUCAUCCAUCUCAAGCUCAACAAUCUUCGUUUAAUGCUUUACGUUAUCAGCCGCGCCCCUUACGAUGUUAUCUAUGUCAGAAACUGGGCCAUUUUGCUCGUGAUUGUAGAUCUGCAAAAAACUAUUAA